AUGAGGAUCUGGUCACCCAUCUCCAGCACAGCUUCACUGGUUGUAGCCGCAACAACAGCCUCUACCAGCUCAACACCCCUGGGAUCCGCAUCGCCUGCACCGAAAUGGAAUACGUUGUCGGGGAAAACGACCCGGCUGAUUGGCCACCGAGGCGAAAAGGCAUUCAUGCCGGAACACUCUCUAGGAUCAUACUGGCAGGCGGCACUUGAGGGGGCAGACUACAUUGAGCCGGAUCUCGGCCUGACCAAGGAUGGCCACCUCAUUGUCAACCACAAUGAGUACCUGGGUGGGACCACCAAUAUCGCGCAUAUCCCCGAGCUGGCACACUUGAAGAGCAACAAAACGUGGGUUUACGACGUGGAUGGCCGGGAAAAAACCGUCUACAACGAGUGGUUUGUUGCGGAUUUGACGCUGGAACAGAUACGAAUGCUGCGCAUCAAUCAGGCAUCCGAGUACACAUGGAGACCGCAGCACUUUAACGGCUACUUUGGCAUAUUGACAUUCGAGGAGUAUCUUCAGGUUGUGCGCAAUGUGACUAUAGAACUCGGCCGUCCAUUCGGUGUUAUUCCUGAGUUGAAAUCGCCCACGCUGUAUAAUCGCGGCCGCCCAUACGACAGGUACUUUGAGGACCGCGCCAUUCUGACCCUGGAGCACUAUGGGUGGGCCAACAUCACUCGCUGGAUCAACCGCGAUCAGCACAUUGAUCUUCGGCUAUCCGCCAAGCUGCGUCCCCUGGGCGCCGCCGUGCUCGGCCCGUCGGUGUGGCAGAGCUUUGACAUGGACUCAGCACGCUACCUGGCGCAGCACACAGAUGUUCCUGUAGUGGCCUUGGUUGAGCAGCUGCCCUGGGCAUUUACGCCGGCAGGGCUUGAUCGUCUGGCUGGGUUUGCCAAGAUUUUGUCUACCUGGAAGGACAUUUUUGUCGCUGGCCCCGAAGCGUACUUGCGCCACUACAAUAUUACGUGGGAUGAAAAAGAUAUCGAGCAAAUGGGCGGCUUUAUUGCACCCAAGGAUCUGGUUCGCGAGGCCCAUAGCCGCGGUAUCGAGCUAUCCCCGUAUACGUUCUACGACUCGCGCCAGGACAUGGCGUACAUAUGCCAGGACGAUAAUGCGGAGUCAAAGAGCGAGUUUUGUCCCAAAAGUAAGGCCGAAGAGCUGUUUUACUUUUUUGAUAUGGGUGUCGACUACAUGUUUGUUGAAAACAUUGUCGAAGCCAGCACGUUGAGGCUUCAGUACGACAACCAAUUGGCGCAAGCGGCUUGA